GCGACUUGCUCUCAGUGACAGGGAAGGAUCAUGUCUCCGAAGAAGCCGCUGGUGCUUGCAUUAGCGCACACGACUGCCCUCAAUUUGGGAUGCGCAGGACUGGGUUUCAUCCUGUCACUGACGGGAGUUGCCCUGCUGGACCUGCAGGAACUGUAUGACACCAGCAUCGGAGCGGUGUCCCAUCUGAUGACCAGCCGGUCUGUCGGAACCCUCGUAGGAUCUCUUGUUGGAGGUCACCUGUUCGACACCUGUAACAAACAAUUGCUGAUAACCCUCACUGUGGCGUUGAUGUCUGGCACCUUCGUGUUCCUGCCGUUAAGUGUGAACCUCUACUUGGCUUAUCUCGCCAGCUUCUUGAAUGGCGUCGGACUAGGUGCCUUUGACACAGGUGCCCAGGUCCUGCUCAUCAAAUUGUGGCCAGCCAAUCCAGGACCGGCACAGCAUAUCUACCACUUCUGCUUCGGCGUGGGAUCUCUGUUGGCUCCGUUACUCGCCCAGCCUUUCCUUUCUGUCGACGCUCACGACAGCGAACCACAUGCCACCUCCAACCAUUCGCUAUUCAGCACGCCGCCAACUGUGGACGACUUCCCAGUCACCAGCCGUUCUUCAGCAACUACACCGGAAUCCAGAAUUCACUAUGCCUUUCUCGCCGUCACCAUCUACCUUGCUGCGGUUGUCGUCUUUCUUGCUGUCCUCUACAUGGUUGAUAAGAGGAAGAACGAGGACACAGCGGUUCCUCAGACGAAUGACACAGACGCUGUUCAAUCAUCCGCCGCCAGUGACGUCCGGUUCUCAAGAAUUCUUAUAGGCCUAGCGGGAGCCUACAUAGCUGCCUACGUAACCAUGGAAUGCGCCUAUGGACACAUGUUGACGACCUUUGGUGUGAAGAGCGACCUGCACAUGCCGAAGUCCACCGCUGUGUACCUAACGGAAUUCUUCUUCGCAACGUUCACUGCGGCGAGAGUGCUUGCAGCACUGGUUUCCAUGAAGGUGUCUCCCUAUGGAAUGCUACUCGCGUCAAACGUGACAUUACUCUUUGCCUUCUGUGCGCUGUCGGUGUGGGGCGCAAAGUCUAUCACGGUACUGUGGGUUGGAACGGCCCUAUCUGGCCUGGGACAAGCGGCCAUCUACGGUGGUGUGGUCUCCUUCUGUGCUGACUACAUGGAAGUGACCAACAAGAUGAUGUCCGUGAUUAUAUUUACGGACGGCUUUGGCGCCAUGCUCGCACCAGUGCUAGUCGGAUCGUUCAUAGAAGGUUUCCCAAUGAUGUUGAUGUACUUGUGCUUGGCGUUGGCGACAGCGAUGAGUAUCAUCUUCAUUGUGCUGCACCUGCUCACUAGAAACCGGAACAAGCUUAAGGGUAGUUCAGAGACAGAAAACGGAAAUGACGCUGUUAAAGUGCAAACGAAUGACUAAUAUGGAUGACUACCGAGUUUGUAACGUGUCGGAUGGAGGACCCCCAGCUUUUGGAAACUGGAUUAGUGGAAAACGUCCUGACGGCUUAAUUUGCUUCUCUCCUUUUUUUUUUUUUUUUUGUUGCAUCCGAAACGUGUCUUGUAAAGUAUUAAGUAUUGAACUAUUUGUGUAAGGGACACUGAAUUUUUACCGAACAGCCCAUAAACUCGAAAUAACUUCUUCCUACACAGCGGUUCAUAGCUCCUGGCCCGCACUCAUACGCCUACCACACUGAAGAGGAGAUGUCUUCUUCGUUUAAAUUCUCUCUCGUGCGUUCCGAAGCAUCUCUUCUGUCAACUGCGAACGAAAAAAAAAUCGUAACAUGGUCUCUUUCAGUACAGUUCUGACUGUCCAAUUUAGUUGCGUUCCCGUUUGUGUGCCUUGUAUUGCACAAGAACUGCGCUCAAAAUAUCCACCCUCCUUUCAAGAGCAACGUAUAUCUGACGUUAAUGAGCUUUACACGGAACGAAAGCAUAUUAAUAACGCUUUCAAAUGAUGUAUUUUGCGAGGACAUAGCUAAUGCAUUAGAGGACAUACAGGGUGUUUCAAAAAACAUGUUAUUCGGGGUCAAAAA